AUGCCAACAGUAACGAAUGGAACACGUGUAGAAUCUCCUGUCAAAACUCAAUCACAACAUGCCAAUGAUGAUGAUGCUAAUGAUGAUGAAUAUCGUCGUGAAGUAGAUCGACCAGCUGAUGUUAAAGAAGAUAUGCGUCAGAUGGGACAACGACAACGUGUUACUAUGAUAUUGAAUUCCAAUGAAUUUCGUCAUGAAUUAGAAGCAAUUAUAACAGACGCAUUAAAACAUGGCCCACAUCCAGCAUCAUUAAUUGCUUUGCAGCAAAUUUCGGAACUAUUAUUACCACACACAUCACGAUGGACAACAGUAUCGUCGUUAUCACGUUCUGGCGGUUCAGUGAUUGUUCCGAUCAAUGAUAUUCGCGGUGUUGAUUCGAGUGGUUAUUCCAAAAGCGAACGUUUACUUCGAUGUAAAGUCGCAUCGCUCUAUCGACUCGUCGAUCUGUUCGGAUGGUCACAAGGCAUUUAUAAUCAUAUUACGGUACGUGUUAACCAAGAGCAAGAGCAUUUUCUGAUCAAUCCAUUUGGUCUGAUGUAUCACGAAAUAACAGGUUCAAGUUUAGUUAAAGUUGACAUUACCGGUAAUAUUGUUGAUCCGGGCAGCACAACCUAUGGAAUCAAUCGUGCUGGUUUUACACUUCAUUCAGCAAUUCAUAAAGCUCGACCGGAUAUUAAAUGUAUCGUGCACUUGUACACGCCGGCAGUUGCUGCUGUAUCAGCAAUGAAAUGUGGCUUGUUACCACUAUCUCAAGAUGCAUUAUUUUGCGGAAAAAUAUCUUAUCAUGAUUAUCGAGGUGUUCUAAUCGAAGACGAUGUGAAAAAACUCUUGGUCGAAGAUUUAGGCCCCAUCAACAAAGUUAUGAUCUUACGUAAUCAUGGAUUUGUUGCAUGUGGUGAAACGAUUGAAGAGGCAUGGAAAUAUGCAUUUAAUGUGAUAAAUGCUUGUGAAGUACAAGUACGUGCAGCACCGAUUGGUAUUGAUCAAUUGUAUUUACCAUCGAGUGAACAACAGAAACGAAUUGCUGAUGUCUUACAAGGAAAUGUCAAUGAAGCCACAGAAGAUCGCAAAUGGAAAAUAGGUGAAAUGGAAUUCGAAAGUUUGAUGCGCAUUUUGGAUAAUGCUGGCUUUCGAACGGGUUAUGUUUAUCGGCAACCAUUAAUACGUACGUUGGACAAAACCGCAACGUUCAAAGACAUUGAAGUACCACCAGCUGCUUCAUCAGCAACCGCUUUUGUCGAUGGAGGACAAACACAUCCCGAGGCAUAUUCACCAUCACGGCAAGCUCAACGCACAACUGAAUGGUGCAAUUCACCGAAUGCAUAUUUAAAGCAAGAAAUCGAAGAGACAGGAACACCAAAUCCAAAGAAAGUGACAAAAUGGGUACCAGAUACCGGUUCCAAACAUUCAACACCAAUUAAAAUCGAUACCAAACAUCAAUUUGCGCCGAGCAAUGUAGAUCCAAAGGAACUUAAAACUCAUCAGAAGCAGAUAAAAGAAGACCGGUUCAAUGAAAAGAUAUCCGCCGGGUAUCAGUCGAAAAUUCUCGAAAAUGCCGGUUGGGAAGAUGUAACACAAAUGAAAGAUCCACAUCAGACGUCCGCUGAGCCUGUCGUUGUCGUUGGAGCUGCAUCCAAAGGUAUUAUAAAACGUGAUCAACAGAAUAAUGCUGUCGUUUACAAAUCCUAUUAUGCUCAAAAUCCAUUUGCACACAUGGAUAAUGAAGAGCUCGAAAAAUACAAGCGUGAAGUUGAACAAAAUCAAAUUCGUGAGCAAGCAUUGAAAAGAAAUCUUCUACUCGAUGACAUUCGAAAGGGUAUAAAGUUAACACUAAAAGAGCUUAUUUCUGAUACUUGA